CUAGAAAAAAAAACCUACUUUGGUUUCAUCGAAUCACAGAUCACAUAUUUAACUCAUACUUUAUAUUCACAUUUAUGUAUGUAUACAUAUAUCUAACCCAUUUAUUUCCUCCUCUCAAAACGCCCAUCUUCCCUAGUUCAAAUCUUGGCACAGCACAGGCCAUUGUAAAAUUUUGGUAAUUUGGAAGUGUAAAAUAUGGCUGUGGCUGUGACUCCUAGCACACAUAUGGCAACAAUCAAUCCUUCCCUAUCUUCUUCUAACAAAGUAUUUAUGUCAACCGUAGCUAGUUUCAGUGCUGAGACUAAAGAGACAUCUUGGACUAGGCUUAGAAGCUCCUCUCACAUGACAUCCAGGCAGCCAUUCUUACAGAGCCUUACUUCCGUGCCUGUAAAAUGUAAAAGAGUUCUCACUAGAGCAAUGUCUGCACCAAAUGAGAACAAGCCUCUGCCAGGAUUGCCUGUUGAUUUAAGAGGUAAGAGAGCAUUUAUUGCUGGUGUAGCUGAUGACAAUGGGUAUGGUUGGGCAAUUGCAAAGUCUCUUGCUGCUGCAGGUGCUGAGAUUGUUGUUGGUACAUGGGUGCCUGCACUGAACAUAUUUGAAAGCAGUUUACGGCGUGGGAAAUUUGAUGAAUCACGCGUAUUGCCAGAUGGUUCAUUAAUGGAAAUUACCAAAGUUUAUCCAAUGGAUGCAGUUUUUGACAGUCCUGAGGAUGUUCCUGAAGAUGUAAAAACAAACAAACGGUAUUCAGGGGCCUCUAAAUGGACUGUUCAGGAGCUAGUUGAAUCCGUGAAGCAGGAUUUUGGCAGCAUUGACAUCCUUGUGCACUCACUUGCAAAUGGGCCAGAGGUUACCAAACCUCUUCUGGAGACAUCAAGGUAUGGAUACCUUGCCGCCAUCUCUGCAUCAAGUUACUCAUUUAUUUCCUUGCUGAAGCAUUUUGUUCCAAUAAUGAAUCCAGGUGGUUCUUCAAUUUCUCUCACCUACAUUGCCUCUGAAAGGAUCAUUCCAGGGUAUGGUGGAGGCAUGAGUUCAGCAAAGGCUGCUUUAGAAAGUGACACACAGGUGCUAGCUUUCGAGGCGGGAAGAAAGCAUAAAAUCAGAGUCAACACUAUUUCUGCAGGUCCAUUAAGAAGUCGUGCUGCAAAAGCAAUCGGUUUUAUUGAUAUGAUGAUUGAUUACUCAUUGGCCAAUGCACCUCUACAGAAGGAACUAUCUGCAGAGGAGGUGGGUAAUACCGCUGCCUUCCUGGCUUCACCAUUGGCUUCAGCAAUCACUGGCGCAGUUGUGUACGUUGACAAUGGUCUAAAUGCAAUGGGAGUAGGAGUUGACAGCCCGAUCUUUGCGAACCUUGACAUCCCAAAGGAUAAUUGAAAAUUAGGUCGAAAUUCCAAAAUUUCUUCCUUAAGGAACUUCCAAAAAUUUUCAAAAUAAAUGUUGUAACCUUUUUUUUUUUUUUUUGAUCUAUCAUGGGGAAUAGCUGACUUAAUCCCCCUUUUGCUGAGAGGAUAAUUUAUGUUCUUUUAAUAGGAAUUAUUUCUUUCUUCA